AUGCCCUUCAGAGACGCAAUUCAAGGCAUCAUCAAAAAGGCGGACAAGGCUUGGGAAGAGUUCAGUCAUCCCACCUCCCAGCCACCUGGACCAUCGAACAACGGGCCUCCCCCACCACCAAUCCCAGCUGCCACUAGACCACCGGCGUAUCAAGAGCCGGGCUUGCAACCCCAGAUCUACUGGCAGCCCAACCUACAUUCUCAAGCGCCAGUCUCCGCCAAUUUCUAUCAUGAACAAGGUCAACAUGGAUGGGGAAAUCAGGAGUCGCAGAACUAUGUUGACCACCCGCAAAACUCAUUCCAUUCACCCCAGGGAGAUGCGCUGAUCGUGCGCGCCUUGAUCAACCACGGGCAUCCGGAUCAUGCCCAGAAAUUUACCAGCGCCAGACUGUCGAGCCAUCAGACCCUCGGUCGGCCACGAGGAUGUCUGUCGGCUAGAAUCACGGCGCCGGUUGCUCGAGGUAUCUGGCCUGCGUUUUGGCUGCUGCCUAAAGACCCCUUCAAGUGGCCCGAGGAUGGUGAGGUCGACAUCAUGGAGGCGUGGAACGGCGAUGCUGUGAACCAUACCUGUCUGCACUGGGGCCACUUCAACGGCGAGGACUGGGAUAAGCAUCGCGUUCUCGAGACUCCCAUCCCCAACAUUAACUCGCCUCAAGGGGUCCGAUACGAUUUCAUUUGGGACGAGGACGAGUCAACGGGCAGGGGCCGCUUAGCCUGGCUGAUUGAUGGUAGGCCCAUCAUGAGAGCCGAAAAGCCACCGGGCACGAGGAAAAUGAGCGAUUUCAGAAUUCUCAUCAAUAUUGCUGUUGGAGGAAACGUCUGCCAGGGAGUCAUGCCCAGUGACGGAUGCUACGAGACUGUAGUUCGUGAAUUGGCAAUGUGGGACGCACCGCCUUGGGGUUGGACUCAAUUUGAGUCGAUCUGGAAUGACUGCAAAGAUGGCAAUACCAUGUAA